AUGACAUCAAAUUAUAAUAGUUAUGAAGAACAAAUUGAUCCUUCAUUUGAUAGGAAACUAAAUUAUCCUGUUGAUAAUUCUAGCUUGCCGAAUAUUAAUGUGGGUAACAAUUUACCAUCAGUGAGUAAUAUUUCCAAUAAUUUGAACACUACAACAGGGUUGUCUAAUUCAAGUUUAUCGAAUUCCAAUUUGAAUAAUAAUAUGAAUAGUAAUUUACCUAAUGUUGGUUCUAAUUUAUCUGGCAAUCCAGGGAUUUCUAUUCCAAAUUUACCCCUUAACAAUCAACAACUUCCAACUAAUCAAUUAGAUGAUGACGAUAAACAUCGUAGACCUGUUUCUACAACCAAAAGAGCAGCUCAAAAUAGGUCAGCUCAAAAGGCUUUCAGACAAAGAAGGGAGAAAUAUAUCAAGGAUUUAGAAACUCAAGCAGCAGAAGUACCUAAUUUGAAACAAACAAUUGAAGAUUUAAGGAGUGAAAAUUUAAGAUUAAGAGACUAUACGAUUGCUUUACAAAGUAAAUUAAUUGAAAUGGGUUCUGAUGGGUUUAAUAAUGAUAAUGCUUCUUCUUACAAUAAGAUAACUGAACGUCAAUGA